GCUUGAUUCCUUUGUUUACAAUGAGCGACAACAAGUGUGACAUCAACACCCAGAGUGGUGGGCAUGGCCAAUGCACAGACCGAUGAACAGACAGGCAGACAAGCGACAAACAGAUAAGAGACCCAUCCUCACUCACUCUCUGUGUGUGGAUGUCUGUGUGUGUGUGUGUGUGCAGGAAUGAGUUCCUUGUUCGACAACCAGACCGUGCGGCCGUUCACGUCAGACGAUGCCCAACCCACUGACAUCAACACCCAGAGUGGUGGGCAUGGCCAAUGCACAGAGCGAUUAACAGACAGGCAGACAAGCGACGAACAGAUAAGAGACCCAUCCUCACUCACUCUCUGUGUGUGGAUGUCUGUGUGUGUGUGUGUGCAGGAAUGAGUUCCUUGUUCGACAACCAGACCGUGCGGCCGUUCUCGUCACACGAUGCCCAAACCACUGACAUCAACACAGACAACCAGAGUGGUGGGCAUGGCCAAUGCACAGACCGAUGAACAGACAGGCAGACAAGCGACAAACAGAUAAGAGACCCAUCCUCACUCACUCUCUGUGUGUGGAUGUCUGUGUGUGUGUGUGUGCAGGAAUGAGUUCCUUGUUCGACAACCACAACGUGCGGCCGUUCACGUCAGACGAUGCCCAAGCCACUGACAUCAACACCCAGAGUGGUGGGCAUGGCCAAUGCACAGACCGAUGAACAGACAGGCAGACAAGCGACAAACAGAUAAGAGACCCAUCCUCACUCACUCUCUGUGUGUGGAUGUCUGUGUGUGUGUGUGUGCAGGAAUGAGUUCCUUGUUCGACAACCAGACCGUGCGGUCGUUCACGUCAGACGAUGCCCAAGCCACUGACGUCAACACCCAGAGUGGUGGGCAUGGCCAAUGCACAGACCGAUGAACAGACAGGCAGACAAGCGACAAACAGAUAAGAGACCCAUCCCCACUCACUCUCUGUGUGUGGAUGUCUGUGUGUGUGUGUGUGCAGGCGACGAGAGCACUACGUCGUACCGCCAGUGGAACGUUGAUGCUGCAACUGCCAAGCCGCCCACAAACACACAUACUGCCAGUGCCGGUGAAUAGCUGCAUAUUCCCAUCAACACACCAGUGCACCAGUGAGUAUGUGUUUGUCUGAACAGGUCGCUCGGCUCCAUUCCUUCGCCGAAGUCUCGUCGGACCGACAGAUGUAACUCACAUGCAUGCCGACGAACGUGACUCGCAUUCGUGCCGAAGGAUUGUGUCUUUGCAUGCAGUCGGUGUACCAUGAGGAAGGCGGGGCCAUGACAAUGGAGCAGUGUCGCGAGAUGAAGCUGACGGAGGAGGGCAAGGCUCGACGUCACCUCGCUGUGGCGCGGGACCUUGCCCGUCUCGGACGUCCGGCAGGCUUCUCAGAAGACGACUAUAUCAGCGUCAUAUUCGAGAUGCGCGACAAACUGCCAGAGGAGACCUGGAGCGAACUGUUUGAAGGUCAGGUUACACAAUGCGGAGAGUGUGUGUGUGUGUGUGUGCAUGUGUGUGUGUGUGUGUGUGUGUGCAUGUGUGUGUGUGUGUGUGUGUGUAGGCAUUGUUGAGAAGUACUACCGCACGAGAGACUUCAUGCAGCCCGCGCCGCUCAUACUCCAUCGCGCAGACACUGCACCCAAUCUGACGACAUCUACUGAGGUGAUUGAUCAGCGUGUGUGACACCAAGUGUGUGUGACACAACUCUUUGUCUGUGACAAGUCAGGCUGUUGGAAGUGCCGCCCCGACCGGCUAGCACCAAGUGAGAUACCACGAGACCAAGAGUCUGGCCGAAACGAGACAGAUCGCACAUACAGACAGACAGAGAAGGACAAUGCAUGCAUGCAGCAUCGCUCUGCCCGUCUCAGUGAGUGGCUGCGUGAGUGACCGAGUGCGGGCAAACGACUGCUUGUGUGUGUCGGUGUGACACGUGUGCGCAUGAAUCCAUGAUUGUGACCUGGCUUGCAUGUCGUCCAAUGACAUGGCCAUUAACUAAUCGACAUCCACG